CCACACAGGAAGGUCACACCAUCCCUCACCAUCAUCAGAAGAAGAAUCUGGGAGACUUUAAGAUCAACAUUUUUGAAAAAGAGGCAAAGGGGGGGAUUGUGAUACCAAUGACAGUGAAAGGAGAGGAGGAUGUGAUACCGGUAAUCGUGAAAGGCGAAGAAGAAGGAACACCAGUGAUCUUAAAGGAGGAGGAUCUGGUGAUACCGGUCAUUGUGAAGGAGGAGGAAGAUUCUCUAGAGACCGCAACGGGUGGCCCAUCCAGCAUGGACGCUUUGGAGGGUGGCGUCAUAUCAUCUCAAAAUUGCGACAAUGAGGAUAAUGCCAUCAGGGACGAUUCUUCAGGAGAAUAUUUAUUCAAUCGAAUUAUACACCCUGGCUAUCACUAUGCAAACUCACAAGUGUACCCCUCUAAUUGUGAGGGUACGUCAGAUACCUUUAACACAAAUAUCUAUCGGCAUCCGACCAAUCCGGGCCUUUCCGAGCAGUCCUAUCUCUAUCAGCAGAGUAAGAGUCAGACCGCCACCAAGCUGUUUUCCUGCACGGAAUGCGGGCGAGAGUUUGACGAUAAGCGGAAGCUCAUUCGGCACCAGCGACACCACACUGGGCUAAAGCCCUUUUCUUGCCCGGAGUGCAGGAAGUGCUUCGCCGAAGCAGCCCAACUCCGGAAGCAUCAGAAGACCCACACAGAUGCAGAAUUUCCCUGCCCGGAGUGCGGGAAGGGUUUUAGAGAGAGGUGUCGGCUCGUCGCCCAUCAGGCCAUCCACCGAGGCGAGAAGCCUUAUGGGUGUACAGAGUGCGGAAAACGUUUCAUGACCAAAGACAAUCUCGCCAGCCACGAACGGGUGCACACUGGAGAGAAGCCGUUUUCCUGCUGCGAGUGCGGCAGAGCCUUCGCCUGGUCCUCACACCUCCGAAAACACAUGAAGAUUCAUGGCGUGGAAAUGCCGUUCUCCUGCUCCGAAUGCGGCAGAGGAUUUAUGGCGGAAGCGACGCUCAACCGACACCAGGCCACUCACGCCAACAAGAAACCUUACACCUGCACGGAGUGCGGGAAAGGCUUUUCCGACCGGUCGUACCUCUCGCGACAUCACAGGAUCCACACCGGCGAGAGGCCGUUCUCGUGCACGCUGUGCGGUAGGGAAUUUGUGGACAAGUCAAACUUCAUCAAACAUCAGCAGCGUCACGCUGGGAUCAAACCGUACUCGUGCUCGGAGUGUGGCAAAGAGUUUGCUGACAAAUCAAGUUUAAUCAGACAUCAGCCGCUCCACACUGGGCUCAAACCGUUUUCCUGUACAGAGUGCGGUAAAGAAUUUAUAGGCAAGUCCAAUUUUCUUAGACACCAGCGACUCCAUAGCGGAAUUAAACCAUUUGCAUGUUCGGAGUGUGGCAGAGAGCUGGCGGAUAAAUCAAGUUUAAUUCGGCAUCAGCAGAUACAUGUUGCGGUUUUACAUUCAAACUAACUUUGGAGGACACUGUGGCCUCCAUGCUGAGUAGCUCGAUAUUACAUUGCUUUCAUUCAGUUGGCCGUCCCACUAGCUAAAGGCCAUCGGCUGCCAUAGAACGGCCCUGAACUUAUGAAAGUGUAGGCUGGAGCGUUGCCUGGUUCGAAGCACCAAUCACUUUCGGUGGUCUGUUGCCUCUCUAAUGAGUAUUUGCACAGCACAAGAGGGAGCAGUCCCUCUGAGGAUGACCCAAGGUAGACAUCGGCCAGGGAUCCAUAUGCUUAUCUCAGAAUGAGCUGAUUAUCACAAAGUGAUGGGUGAAAUUGAAGGCAUUGGGCCAGAUUCUCAGUGGAGAUACGACGGCGCAUCUCCAGAUACGACGG